GAAACCCAAUAAGCAGCCGGUUGCAGCUUCCUAUAUUUGACCGAUACCUUAUGCGUGUUAUAUUUCAAGUCAUCUUCUCAAUAUUUUCUCUGAGUCAAAUCAUCAAACACUUGGCCUUCGUUCUCAAAAUUCUCCUUUUUCCCACCAUUUCUCUGCACCAAAAAACUCAAAAAUCUCUCAUCAGUGAAGGAAAAUCGAGAUGGGUUUUUUGAAAGAAGAUAGAAGAACCAAAGUUUUGAGAUGGGUCAAAACUAUUUUUUUCUUGAUUUCUAUGUUGAUAUCACUUCUCCUAUUUUCUGCACCAAUUCUUCUUGUAAUUGCAGAUACACUUCUUCCUUCACUUUUAUUGUCUGCUUCCAUUUCACCAUAUUCACUUUCAAUUCAAACGCUUUCUUCUCACUUAAGCAACUACGAUUUUCGGUAUUCACUUAUUGAUAUCCCGGUCAUCUCCAUCGUUAGGUCCGUCAUCAUUCUAUGUGUUUAUAGCUUAUGUGAUGGACCAAGGUUAUCAAGAGGGCCAUAUUUGGGGAUUGCUACAAUUUGUUCAGUUUCAUCAUUGGUGUUUGUGUCCUUGAAGGCUUCAUAUGUGUUUGCACACAGUUCGAGUAUGGAUCGAGGAGGGUAUGUUCGAGUUAUGGAGAUGGCGUUGUUCGUAUGCUCGUUAGCAUUGGCUGUUGCUCAUGUAGUGGUGGCUUAUAGAAUUAGCUGCAGGGAAAGAAGAAAGCUUCUUGUUUACAAGAUUGAUAUUGAAGCUGUCUCAGCAUUAAAAACCGGAUCUUUUUAUCGAUAUCUUAAAGUUACUCCCUUCAGAAAGACUGAAGUAAAACUCAAAUCUACAGAAUCCAUAUGCACAUGAAGUUGUUAUUGUAUUUUCUUUGGACCAAAUCCAGUUUCCACAUAGCAGGUUUCAGAUAUAUCCAAAGGAGAUCUGAAGUCUAAUUGGUAAAGAAAAAUAGUCUAUAUAUAUAUACUAUAAAGUAUAUAAAAAGAAAAAAGCAAGAUUUUAUGUAUAUGUGUGCAAAUGUGGUGUGUUCUGUAUCAGCAAUUAGUUAAAUAUAGAGAUAGUGAUACAGGACAAGAGCAUUAUGAUUCAGCACCCAUUGCUCUCUCUCUGCUUACGCAACUUGUACAGAUAUUUGUUCUAUUUUUAUGCCAAUUGUGUUUCAUGGAUUUGAAGAUAGAA